AUGGGAGCAGCACUGGCAAGCGCAGCUCGGUGGACUGCUGCUGGAUUUGGGACUGGCACACUCGAAAUCACUCCUUUGAACCAAUCUCUUUUAGACCAAAUUAUUAAAUUUGUUGAAGACUUCAGCACUAGACAUCCUCAGGAAGCAGCAUUCGUCUUCAGAGAGCCUCUUGAGUGGAGAACACAAUUGGACUCUUCAGUAUUUGGGAAUGGUUAUGAGAUCAAUGAAGCAACUGUUCAGUCUGAAGCCAAAGGCAAAGAUGGCCAACCACUGCUUCUCCUCACAGCAUCCACUCUCAGAGUUCGCAGUUUUGACCAGCUGUCCCAUUUGCUCCAAAUUGCUAUGGAAAAAAAGUUAAAGGAAGCACAGUCAUGCCUUGAAGCUAACAGAGAUCCUAUAGCGAAAAUUCUUGGUGCUGAAUAUGGGACUGUUGAAGGAGAAGAUGUGUCCGUGUUGCGUUUAGUUGACAAGGUGAAAAAGCAUGAUGACCCUGAAACAGAGAUGAAAAUGAAAAUCUUUCUUCUUCUUCAUCAGCUGGAUUUGCAGCUGCUUCAAAGUUCUUUGAAACACCUUUCACAAGUUGUAAGGCUAAAUCCAGAUGCUAUAAAUAAUGAAGUGAAUCUUCUCAAGGAUUUAUCUGGGGAAGGAGAAGAUACGUUGCUGGAAUCACUGGAAUAUACAUCAGAUUACACGUUCUCUAAUGGAUGCCGAGCUUCUCCCUGGAGACAACUGCAUGGAGAAAUUUGCUAUUUAGUCAUCAAACCACAUGACACUGAUCCUUUGCAUAUCACUUGCAGCACAGCAGGAGUGUUUUUAAACGGAGGCUGGCAAGAGGGUAAAGAUUCCAUUGAUUAUGAAAGAAAAAGUGAUAUAUACAAAGACAUUGUCACAUUUCUAAGGGAAAGAUCACCUAGAUUUGUAGAAAAUAUGGCUAAACAGGAAUAUAAUUUUUUUAAAGAAUCAACAUCUGAGAAAAAUUAUCAGCAUAUGAAAGUGGUUGAUGCUAAGGUUUCCAGCCAACCCCAGAACCUUGAUGAUUUUACAGAAAAGAAUAUAUGUGAGAAACCAAAAAGUUCUGAAGCAGGAAGGAGAUCCAUUGAUAAGAAGAAAUUAGAACCAUCUAUCACAUGGAAGAAUACUAAGGUUUCUGCUUCCCACAGGUCCAAAUAUUUUAGCGACAAGGCUGCAAAAAAGGAUACUGGAAAGGAAAAGAGGAGUCAUUCUGUGUCUCUGAACAUAAAAAAGAAAGCCAGUGGCAUUUCCUCUGCAUCUGCUAAAGCACAGCUACCUUCAAAUCGUAAAUCAUCAGGCAGGUUCAGAGACGUUAGUGAAAGUUCCUCGGAGAGCGAGUCAGACGAAGAACAGCCUGCAUGGCACCAGGAAAGACACACUGAUUUGCCAUCAGAAUACUGGGGAAUUCAGAAACUUGCAAAAUUUUUAAAGGGAGGUAAUCCAACAGCUACUUUAAUCGCAUUGUGUUCAAUGAGGGAUUUCAAUCUGGCUCAAGAAACUUGUCAGAUGGCCAUCAAAGACCUUGGAUGUCUUGAAGUGUUGAUUAAUUUGCUCGAUACAGAAGAGACUAAAUGUCAGAUUGGUUCAUUAAAAAUCCUGAAGGAAAUUAGUCAAAAUACACUCAUCAGACAAACAAUUGCAGAUCUUGGGGGCUUAGAAUUCAUGGUGAAAAACUUGGACUCUCCAGAUAAAGAACUAAAAUGUUUGGCAGCGGAAACAAUUGCUAAUGUUGCUAGAUUCAAACGGGCACGAAGGACAGUAAGGCAGCAUGGAGGCAUCAAGAAGUUGGUUGGGCUGUUGGGCUGUGUUUCAGUGGGGUCGACCAGCCUGACACCAUCUGAAGCACAGGAAAUGGCACGUUGUGGGGCGUUAGCACUCUGGAGCUGCAGCAAAAGCACCAGGAAUAAAGAAGCAAUCCGUAAAGCUGGUGGCAUUCCAUUGUUAGCUAAAUGGCUCACAUGUUCACAUGCCAACAUCCUGAUCCCAGUAGUGGGGACACUACAAGAGUGUGCCUCAGAGCCAAGCUACAGACUGGCAAUAAGGACAGAAGGCAUGAUUGAGAACAUUGUGAAAAAUCUGAGCAGUGAACAUGAGGAGCUUCAGCUGCAUUGUGCCAGUGCCAUAUUUAAGUGUGCAGAAGAUAAAGAAACACGUGACCUGGUUAGACAGCAUGGAGGUCUGCAACCACUGUCCCUUCUGCUUGGUAACUCUGAGAACAAACAGCUUCUAGCAGCUGUGACAGGAGCGAUCUGGAAAUGUUCAAUCAGUGGAGAAAACGUGUCAAAGUUUCAGAAAUAUAAAGCUGUAGAGGCUUUGGUUGGACUGCUUACUAAUCAACCCGAGGAAGUCCUUGUAAAUGUCGUUGGAGCACUGGCAGAAAAUUGCCAAGAGCCAGUAAAUCGAUCAAUUAUCCGUAAAUGUGGGGGAAUACCACCUCUAGUGAAGUUACUAAUUGGAACUAAUCAGGCACUGCUUGUGAAUGCCACCAAAGCAGUGGGAGCUUGUGCAACGGAACGUGAAAAUAUGACGAUAAUUGACAAGUUAGAUGGAGUUCGUUUGUUAUGGUCAUUGCUGAAAAAUCCUAAUCCAGAUGUUCAAGCAAGUGCAGCUUGGGCUCUUUGUCCUUGUAUUGAAAAUGCUAAGGAUUCUGGGGAAAUGGUUCGAUCCUUUGUGGGUGGCUUGGAACUGGUAGUCAACUUACUAAAAUCCAAGACUAAAGAAGUUUUAGCAAGCAUAUGUGCAGUCAUUGCAAGUAUAGCUAAAGAUGAAGAAAAUUUAGCUGUUAUAACAGACCACGGAGUCGUCCCUCUGUUGUCCAAACUAGCAAACACAAACAAUGACAAAUUAAGGCGUCACUUAGCAGAGGCCAUUUCCCACUGCUGCGUGUGGGGGAGCAACAGAUCUAGCUUUGAAGAGAACAAGGCUGUAGCUCCUUUAGUGCGUUACUUGAAGUCAAAUGAUUCAUCAGUUCACAGAGCUACAGCUCAGGCUCUGUAUCAGCUUUCAGAGGAUCCCUACAGCUGUAUCACCAUGCAUGAAAAUGGAGUGGUGAAGCUCUUGCUGCCCAUGAUAGGCUCCACAGAUGAAACUCUGCAGGAGGCAGCAGCUGGUUGCAUAGCAAACAUUCGCAGGUUGGCUCUAGCAGCAGACAAAGCAAAGUAUGGCUGA